AUGUCAAACCCACUCGUUAGUCUUAAUCUUACAAACAAUAUCCCCUCUACCUCAACUAAAACAUUCCCUCGCUACCGGCGUCAUGGUUUGUAUCACCAUACUACCUCAAAUUCAGGUGGUUGCGGUCUCCCAGAUCUGUAUGACAUUGCUGACGGUAUUGGCACAAUAACGAUCAAUGAUGCCGACAAACUCGAAGCCAACCUAGUCAUGGAGCUUGUGAGGGCCAGACGAGACCUCUUCAGGGCUGAACAGUCGCUCACUGAUUGCGUGGUCCGCGAGUGUGAACUGAUGGCCAGUCUGUUGAAGUUCAAGUCCAACAUUUCUGCACAGAAGCUCAACAAGGCAGACCUCGGAUUGGGAUGUAUGCGGAUUACCUUCAAAAAACACAGUCUUUCUCAUCAUGUGCCUGCACAUGACACCAGCAAGUCCGCCAACAGUAUCAUAGUGUAUUAA